AUGUCUAAUAUUGACGGUAAGUUGCCAGACAUCUUGAAUGAUGCUGUUUUGAAGCAAUCUGCACCUGUCCCAGAUGACUUUGUCAAAGUGGAGGGUAUUGACUACAGCAAGCCUGAGUCACGCAAUAUGCGUGCGAAGGAUUUAACCAAGGCUAUGAGCACCAUGGGUUUCCAGGCAUCUUCUUUGGGUAAAGCUUGCACGAUUAUUGAUGAGAUGAGAACCUGGAGAGGUGAGCACAUUGACAAGCUUGAUGAGCAUGACAGAAAGGGUUCUUUUGAUGAGAAUGGGUACCAGAAGACCACUAUCUUCAUGGGUUACACAUCGAAUUUGAUUUCCUCGGGGUUGCGUGAAACUUUGAGAUUCUUGGUUCAGCAUAAGAUGGUUGAUGCUAUUGUAGCCAGUGCUGGUGGUAUUGAAGAAGAUAUCAUCAAGUGUUUAGCUCCUACUUACCUAGGUGAAUUUUCUCUACCCGGUAAGGGUUUGCGUGACCAGGGUAUGAACCGUAUCGGUAACUUGUUGGUGCCUAACGACAACUAUUGUAAGUUUGAAGAAUGGAUUGUGCCAGUCUUGGAUAAGAUGCUUGAAGAACAAGAAGAGUACAUCAAGAAGAAUGGUGCUGACUGCCUAGAUAGCAGUUUUGAUCAAGAUACCCCUAUCUGGACCCCUUCUAAGUUGAUUCGUAGACUAGGUAAGGAAAUCAACGACGAGUCCAGUGUGUUGUACUGGGCUUACAAGAACGAUAUCCCAAUCUUCUGUCCAGCCGUUACUGACGGUUCCAUCGGUGACAUGCUUUUCUUCCACACUUUCAAGGCUUCUCCAAAGCAGUUGAGACUCGACAUCGUUUCCGAUAUCCGUAGAAUUAACUCCAUGUCCAUGGAGGCUUCCAGAGCUGGUAUGAUCAUUCUUGGAGGUGGUUUGAUCAAGCACCACAUUGCAAACGCAUGUCUAAUGAGAAAUGGUGCCGAUUACGCUGUGUACAUCAACACCGGUCAAGAAUUUGAUGGUUCCGAUGCUGGUGCCAGACCAGACGAAGCUGUUUCCUGGGGUAAGAUCAAGGCUGAUGCUAAGUCUGUCAAGGUCUACGCUGAUGCUACCGUUGUUUUCCCACUAGUUGUCGCUGCUACGUUCGCAAGCGAGUAA